AUGUGUCCGCCACGAGUGGUUCGAUCGCUUUCAGACCCCGCUUUCUCCAUGUUGUUAUUGGAGGAGGGGGCAGGUCUUAGAUCCAUCUCCAGCUUCACACCUAUCUCAUCAGAUCCUAAGAUCAGUCGAGCUUCAACAAUGACUCGCUCCCACAAAGCCAACGACCGCGACCAUGUGAACGAUCGUGUCGCCCCCGACUUGCCUAGAUACUUUGGAAAAUCCGGGCCCGUGGACGCCGACCCCCGCAAGACCAAGAAGGACGGUGGCGGCAAGGGAAACUGGGGCCGGUCCGGUGACGAGGUCCAGGACUACGACUACACCUUCACCAACGCCCGGCGUUACUCGAACAGCAGCACCCAAGGACUGGCUGAUUUCAGAACCAAGUUCGAGGCGGUUGAGACCGAGCCUGUGUUCGAGGAGCGCCUGCAUGGUCCUGAGACCGAGGAUAGCCUCGAUGAACACAUGGUCACCAAAGUGGACAGCACUAGCAGCAGCAGCUCCAGCGGAGCCAACGACAUGAGCAAGGUGUAA